AACCGUCAGUGUUAACUGUCAGGCAGCAUUCCGAAUUAUUAUUUUUUUUCUACAACAAAUCGUGUGUAGAACGCGCUGCAGCCUCACGAUAAGCAUGGGUGAGAACUACGACUACGAUUCGCCCCAAUUUUUGGACUUCGAGACCAUAAUUUCAGGAAACGAGGACAAAUCCAAACUCGAGGAAUACUUUGAGUUCGACCAUGAAAACCCAAACAAAUGUGAUAACAAGGUGGUCAUUGUGAAUAUUGAGAGCUCUGACAGUGGACCAGACCUGAACGAGAGCAGCACAACUGAAAGUUUCAGCGAUUCCCAGUACUUCUCUCCAGCCCCACUAGCUUGCAAUGGCAUGCGGAAAUCCCUCAGCAUGUCGUGUCUGCCUCAAGACAAGCCUGUUGAUAGGGAACCAUUGGAAUAUGUCAGCAACACUUUGCAGAACAUGAAGUUAAACAACCCUGAUACUGGUUCGACUAAAUCAAUUGAAAUUGAUUGUUCUGAAUACAAGAGGGGUAGAGCCAACAGUGCUUCUAGAUUACAAAAACAAAAUUUCCGGUCCAACUAUUUAUCUCAGCCAAAACAGUUGAAUCCUAAAUAUGUGAGCAUGGCGGAGAUAAUAAAUAAGUUCCAUAAUAUGACACCUGACAGAUUCAGGAGCAAACCGAAGGGAACACAAAGGGUGACAACUGAAAGUGGACCUAUUGCUUGCACCAUCCCAAAAUCACCAGCACUGACAUCGAAAAAUCGCCAAAGGAAUGUUCAUGUUUUAACGUACGAGGAGAGGCAGAUGCAGGAAUUCGAAGAGGCUAAAAAGCAUAUGUAUAAAGCGAAUCCGGUCAAUGUAAAUGCGCUUCAAGGUAUUACGAAAUUGGGGCCUUGCACGAGGAAGCCUAACACUAACCCAGAACCGUUCAAACUCACAGAAGUUAAGAAAAAGGUGAUAAAAGAGCCGCCUGUCAAGGAACAUAAUUUCCACGCGAAGCCUGUUCCAAAAUCUGUGUACGAGUGCACGAAUCCAGUCAUCAAAUCUUCACUAUUAAAUUACACUAAAUUAACUAAAACUAAGGUAAUAAAGAAAGAAGAGCCGUUGAAGCCGAUGAAACCAUUCACGGCGACAAGGACGAAGCCGGCGCCGUUUAGUUUCGAGAUGAGAGAUCAACGAAUUCUGCAGAAGAAAGAGCAGCAUAUACAGAAAGUAAUCGAGGAGGAAAAGAAAGCUCGAGUAUUCCAUGCGAAUCCCUUGCCUAAAAAGAUUUUAACCGCCCCUCAAAUAAAACCCAAAGUUACGCGAUACGGUUCUAUGGAGAGCGUAAAAUCCAAUAAAAGCGAUGAUUCCAUCUUGGAACCGGCUCCAUUCAAAGCGCGUCCCGCUUUGGUGCUGAAGGCUAAGCCUUUUGUGCCGAAAAAGGAGGAGAGGCCUCUGCUCGAGGUGUCCGAAUUCACGUUGAACACUGAUAGGAGAGCCAAAGAACGGGACGAGUUUGAUGCGAAACUGAAGGAGAUGAAGGAACGCAACGAAGAACUGAUGAGGCAGAAGGAGGAGGAGGAGAUGAUUUUGGCCCAGAUGGAAGUGGCAAGGCUACGAAAGGAGGCUGAGCACAAGGCGCAACCCAUUAAGCUCUACAAAGAUAUCAAGCCGGUGCCACCAAAACCUGUGACACUGCCGAUGACUCCGAAGUUUCGUUCUGGGAAAAGCAACAAGGAGAACAUCGGUUGAACCACAGUAAACAGUGUCUUAUUUUAUUUUUAAGUUAUCCAAUAUAUUAAAUAGAAGUGAACUAAAUGAGAGAGGGAAAGAGUGAUAUAUAGUUUUUAUAUUUAGUGCGAGGAGCAUAUAUUCAUGAUAACAAUUAAAAUUAAUUUCUUUUUUAUUAUUAAUAUUAUUGCUGUUACACUAUUAGUUGUCUUCCUCUGAUUUUGUGGUCAAUGUCACCGGUAGUCUAUCGCCCCAUUUUGUAGAUCUAGCGCAAUGGAACGUGCUUCUGUAAUAAAAUAAGGAAAUUAUAAUUUUAUUUAUAAAAAUAA